AUGUCUUCUUCGACAGACACCCCUGAUCCGUCGGCCAUGUCGACGGCCCCCACCACCACCGCCUCUUCCUCGUCUGCCGCCUCCACCCCCUCGCCCUCCACCUCCAGCGCAACCACCGCCCCCGCCUCGAGCCAACGCCGUCCCCAGCGCAAGAGCAACCUGACGCAGCAGCAGAAGAACAACAAGCGUCAGCGCGCCACCCAGGAUCAGCUCGUCACCCUCGAGAUGGAGUUCAACAAGAAUCCCACCCCCACUGCCGCCACCCGCGAACGCAUUGCCCAGGAAAUCAACAUGACCGAGCGCUCCGUGCAGAUUUGGUUCCAGAACAGGCGCGCCAAGAUCAAGAUGCUCGCGAAGAAAAGCAUCGAGACCGGUGAAGGCUGCGACUCCAUUCCUGAGUCGAUGCGCCAGUAUCUGGCCAUGCAAUUCGAUCCGAAUAAACCCGGCGCACGAGACCCGUUUGGUCGCACGGGGGCUUUCGGUCCCAAUGGCGCGUAUCCCCACGACUCGGCCCCCUCUGGCAAAGUUGUGAUUCACCAUUUCACCUGCCGCUCUUUGACCAUCGGUAGCUGGCGCCGCAUUGGACAGAACGCGAUGGACCUGGUGGUUUUCUACUCUCCCGAGAAGGCUUGCAUGACCUACUACAUCAACAAUGACUCCGCCGGCUACAAAAUUGAGUACCCGUUUGCCUACAUCAAGAACAUCACGCUGGAAUCGGGCGAUCAGACGGCACAGCCCAACGGAGCGCCCCCGCGCCCGGGCGGUCUCAUCGUUGAAUUGAACCGCCCGCCGCUCUUCUACAUGGAUUCCUCCAACUCCGGUGGCUUCUACCAGUGCGGCGACUUCACCGAGGACCAGCAGGCCAGCCAGCUGUUGGUGCACCAUCUCGGCGGCCACCCCAAGGUCCUGAGCGUCCAGCUGGCCAAGCUGGUCUCGUUGGAGUCGUUCCAGAACCGUCUGGCCUACAACAACUUCGCCAUGAGUGCGCCCAUGUCCCCGCCUUUUAUCCAGCGGCCCGCCUCCCAGCCGAAUCAAUUUGCCCCGGCGUUUGUGGGCAUGUAUGCGGAGAACCCCGCGACGCUGAGUCUGCAGCAGGCGGCGCGCGGACACAAGCGCCAACGCAGCCGUUCGGUGCCCGUUGCCGUCGACUUCUCGGCCAUGCAGACCCCCAUGUCGUACCACAUGCAGAACCCGUCGCAGUUUAGCCAGCCAGAUUCGGGUAUCUUUGCCCCUGUUCCGCAGUCGACCCAUCCCCUGGCGGUGAACCUGCGCAUCGAUACGUCGGCCCCCUACGGCUUCGACCCGCGCGGCCAUCCCAUGUCGGCGGCCACCACGAACUCACCCUCGGACUUUGCCAGUCCCUCGCUCUUCUCGACGGGGCCUCCGGGCGAAUCCACGCCGGUCGCCACGAACAUCCACCCACAAUUCAACAUGCCAUUUGUGUCCCCGCCGGUGGACUCGUCUACGCUCGCCACCCAGGCCGCGUCGCCGUACUCCACAGUCAGCCACGCGGACCCCAUGAUUGCCGACCAGUCCCCUCCCAUGACCAACAUGCAUGCGUCGCAGGAGAUGUACGGCCUGAGCAACGAGCAUCAACCCCAUUUUGCGGACGAGAACAUGUCCAUGAGCGGCAUGUUCCCCAAGCACAACAUGAACUUCUCGGUACCCACCACCAUGGACGUCGGAGGCAACACCUUUGAUCUUCCCAUUCAGACCCUGUCCAACCACCCGUCCCCGGGGGUUCAGGGUGACUACCAAAGCAUGACUCCGCUGGAGAAUGUUGAUCCCAACACGCUGGCUCCUGGGGCGUGA